GCCGGGCUCCCGUCCGCCCCGCCUACCCCCCCUUGCCGGGUGCUAGCGGCGGAACCAGGUGGCGGCGGCAGGAUGGCAGCGCCCAUCAUCCCCGAGAGCGGCAGCAUUAAAAAAGCAGUGUUGCUCAUUAACAUGAUAGACCCAGGCAAAUUUCCUAGAUUACUCUCCCGCAUCCUUCAGAAGCUUCAUCUAAAGACUGAGAGCAGUUUCAGUGAAGAGGAGGAAGAAAAACUACAAGCUGCGUUUUCAGUGGAGAAGCAAGAUCUUCAUUUAGUCCUUGAAACUAUAUCAUUUAUUUUGGAACAGGCAGUCUAUCAUAACCUGAAACCAGCUAUUCUGCAACAGCAGCUGGAGAGCAUUCACCUUGAUCAAGACAAAGCAGAAGCAUUUGUCAGUGCAUGGACUGCAGCAGGUCAAGAUACAAUUGAAAAGUUCAGGCAGAGGAUUUUGGCCCCUCAAAAGCUUGAGACAAUUGGAUGGCAGCUUAACCUUCAGAUGGCUCAGUCCACCCAAGCAAAACUGAAAUCUCCUCAAGCUGUAUUAGAACUUGGAAUGAGCAAUGAAGAUUCAAAGCACAUAUUUUACUGUGGUUUGUGGAAUCACUUCCAGAAGAACAGAGAACCUGGAGAAAGUGUUUGUGGAAUUCAGUCAUCAGGAGCUGUUUGAGUUCUAUAACAAGCUGGAGACUAUACAAGCACAGCUGGAUUCCCUUACGUGAUGUUUUUGAAGACUUGUUUCUCCCUCGCACUCCUGCCACCUCAUUAUUUUGAAUUGAAGAUAGAUUGCCAAGCUAUGUUCGCUGAUGAAUUCAAUAGGUUGCUUCCUGUAAAAUUAUAUGGCUUAUCUCCUCUUAGACCAGUAACAUUAGCCAAGGGAGAUCAUUGUUAAGAGUUCUGAGCUUCUAAUUGAUUUUCUCUUGUUUUUGAACCAACAGCAUUUGUUAACAGUGUUACGUGAGAAAAAAAUGUAAUACCAUACUGUUGGUUUAUAGUUCUUUUAUACUUUAUUACCUGUGUUGCUUGAUUCAUUACACAUCUGAUGGCAAUUCACAUACUAGUGAGGGACAGGAAUAAAAUCUGUAUCAAAGUUAUUAAAAGAAUAUAGAACUUAAGGAGUAACAUUAGUAGUAGUAGUCAAAAAACAGACAGAAUUGUCUCCAUCCUUUUGAAUUUCUCCCUUCCUUCUCUCCCCUCUGCCCUCCGCAGAUAGUGUUGAUUGCAAAUUAGCCAAAAUACAUAAAUAAAAAA